AUGAAAGAAGAGAUGGACGACUGUGACCACCCAAAGACAUAUCUACCACGCAAGAAGAGGCCUUGCCUGGAGGACAGCAGUGAUGAUGACAAGCCUUUGUCGAAACAUCUAUAUCGAAAACGAGAUCGAAAUGUCAGUCCCAAUCGAGCGGAUUCGGCCAACGACGAAAGCCUGCAGACUACAAUCACGAAAGCCGUCACAUGCGAAGACUCAGACUCUGAUGUGCCCCUUCUGAAUCGAAAUACUCGGAGUAAUGGAAAUCGUUUAUAUAUGCCAAUAUCCAAAAUGAAAGACCGCAUAAAGUCUGAAGGUGAUUCGAAAGAAGGUCUACACGUUCCGCUGCUCGAAAAUGCACGAAAGGAAGGGAACACCGAGAAUGACGCACCAGGCCAAAGCCCAGGCAGCCAGGGACAGGAAGGCGAUACAACAGGAAACGAAUGGUGGAACGAGCCUGACAAACAUGACGGCACAAUCAAAUGGAAAACGCUCGAGCAUAAUGGCGUGCUAUUCCCACCUCCAUAUGCCCCCUUACCAGCCGAUGUAAAAAUGAAGUACGAUGGAAUCCCUAUCACGCUCGAGCCGGAAGUCGAAGAAAUCGCAUGCUUCUUUGGAGAAAUGUUGGAUGCCACACACUAUGUCGAAAACCCUACGUUCCGAAAGAAUUUUUUCGAAGAUUUCCAGAAGACUAUCAAAAGAACUUCAGGUGCCCGGAAUCCGCAGGGAAGGGUUCUACAGAUUGAGACUUUGGCCAAGUGUGACUUCUCUUCUAUAUUCGAGUACUUUCAGAUGAGAAAAGCUCAAAGAAAAGCUGAGCCACUGGCUCAGAGAAAAGAGCAAAAGGCCGCCAGAGAUGCAUUGGAGGAACCGUUUAGACUUUGCAUUUGGGAUGGCCAACCGCAGAAAGUAGGAAACUUUCGAAUUGAGCCACCUGGGCUCUUUCGGGGCCGCGGAGACCAUCCAAGGAACGGGAAGGUCAAGACCAGGGUUUCUCCAGAGCAAGUCACACUCAAUCUCAGCAAGAAUGCCAAUGUGCCCCUGCCUCCUGUCGGACAUCAGUGGAAGGAUAUCAAACAUGACCGAGAGGCGACAUGGCUAGCCAUGUGGAAGGGAAAUGUGAACGGUAAUUACAAAUAUGUCAUGCUAGCGGCCAAUUCAAACGUUCGCGGCCAGAGUGACUACAAGAAAUUUGAGACUUCUCGCCGGCUAGAGCAGCAUAUCGAUCGCAUACGGCAUGAUUAUCAGCAGGGUCUCCGGCAUGAGCUCAUGGAAAUACGCCAGUUAGCGACUGCCAUGUAUCUCAUUGACAAGCUUGCAUUGCGAGCUGGUAAUGAGAAAGGGGAAGGCGAGGCAGAUACUGUCGGCUGUUGCUCCUUGAAAUACGAGAAUGUCACUCUGAAACCGCCAAAUACCGUCGUACUUGAUUUUCUGGGAAAAGACAGUAUCCGAUUCUAUGACGAGGUUGGAGUAGAUCGACAGGUAUUUAAAAACUUCAAGAUCUUCAAGAAAUUCCCCAAGAAGGAAGGGGAUGAGAUCUUCGAUCGGUUGACGACAUCUGGACUAAAUAGACACCUUUCCAAUUAUAUGCCCGGUCUAACCGCCAAAGUCUUUCGUACUUUCAAUGCUUCGUUCAUUUUCUCGAACCUGCUGAAGACAAUAAAGCCCGAAGCUUCCGUUACCGAAAAGGUCAAAGCAUAUAACGAUGCAAACAGAACCGUUGCUAUCCUAUGCAACCACAAGCGGGCCAUUACCGCCAGCCAUUCGGCACAGAUAGAAAAGCUUUAUGAUCGAGAAAAAGCAAUACAAUACGAGCUUUGGCGUCGCAAGAAAAUGAUGCUUAGCCUGGACCCUGGGGUUCGGGAGGCAAUGGGAGAUGGUUAUUUCGAGCGUGAUGACUGUCUGGAGCUCGACUGGAUCAAAGAACAUCAGAUCUCGUUGGUAGAGGAAAAGCGCCAAAAGAUCAUGAAGAAAUUUGAAGCAGACCCAACAAGACUGCAACAAGAACUCGAAAUUAUCAAGCAGAUGGAACUGGACUUUCAAGAGGAGAAUGAAACCGGAGAGGUUCAAUACGAAAGCAAGCGUGUCUCCAUGGAAAGCACCAAAAAGAGAAUUGACAGGCUCCAAAAGCAACUAGAAGCAACAAGAGCCCAAGCUGAAAACAAGGAAAGCAACAAGGAAGUCGCUCUUGGUACAUCGAAGAUGAAUUAUAUCGAUCCACGACUCUCAGUAGUGUUCUCGAAAAAAUUCAAUGUGCCAAUAAAUAAACUAUUUUCGAAGGGCUUACAGGAGAAGUUUGACUGGGCUAUUAAAUCGGUUGAUGAGUCGUGGGAAUUCUAG